AUUUUUCUUCCUGAGGCUUUAUAAAACCUAACAACAUUUCAGCAUAAUCUGCAUUUGUGCUGCUUUCGCCAAGAUGUUUUUCAAAAUAUGUUUGAUUGCAAGCAUUGCAAUAUCUAUUGCAAAUUGCUCCUCUACACCGUUAAGUGAUUCUACGUACUCGCUGUCUACUUCCACUCCGUUAAGUGGUUCUAAGUACUCGCAGUAUAACUCCAUACCGUUAAUUGGAUCAACGUACUCGACUUAUCCGUCCACACCGUUUAGUGGCUCUGCACCGAGUUAUCCUUCCAAACCGAUUAGUGAAUCUACGUACUUGCCUUUUCCUGGCGACUGCAAUCGUUAUUACCAAAAAACAGUUUUAAGAUGUCCAUCCAAUACUUACUGGAGUUCUACAUUGCAGCGUUGUGAUAAUAUAAAUUAUUCCAGCUGUUCAUCAAUAAACCCUGAACCACCAUUCGACAAUCGCCCCGAAGAUGAUUUGGUUAAACAAUGUGCAAAUCAAUUAGGCAUGUUCAUACCAUAUCCAGGGGAUUGCAAUCGAUUUAUACAAUGUGAUUACAUUCCGUUUGUGAAAAUCUGUCCUAAGCAUCUUUAUUGGAAUUCCGAGCUUCUUACUUGCGACAAAAUCUGUGUCUAACACAAUGAUUAAUUGAAUAACAAAAAGUGAAUACUUAAUAAACAUGCUUUAAAUAAAAGCUACUUUCUUUUAACUUUUUAAUUUCCGAUUUUACAAAAUAAAUAUAAAAAACUUAUUAUGUAUUAUAUACUAAAUAAAAAUCGCAAUAUAUCAAUUAAA